CAGCGCCCAGCUUUUCGCCUGGGGCUGCCUCGCCGCCGUCGCUUCCGCAGCGCCGCCGUUACGGAUAGCACGCUAUCCACCUGUUGCCCAUAGCGACGCCGCCGCAGCGCUGCCCCGCUACUCUUCCAUAGACGAUAUAGACGCAAGCCGCCAUGUCGGGCGCGCGCGCCGUCAUCAAGUCGAGCACGAUGGUGCAGGACGAGCUCGAGGAGGCCAUUAAGGUGUCAACCAUGGCGCUCCACAGCACGAACUCCGAGCAGGAGGCCGCGGCGCAGAUCAAGCAGACGUUCGAACAACGCACGAAUCGGACGUGGCACUGCCUGGUGGGGCGGAACUUCGCGUGUUAUGUGACCUACGAAUCGAAGAGUUUUGCGUAUUUCUACAUCGGGCAGCAGGGCGUCUGCCUCUUCUGCACGGACUAGGUUGUGUGAUGGCGGCGUCUCGACGGCACAGCGCCUCUUCGCGGAGGCGCGGCAUGGCGGCGUGUUUUCCCGCGCCGCGUGGACGCCGGCGGAGCUCGUAACUAGCAGUGAAUUUUCGGAACCCCCCACGCUGUCGAUGCGUAGUAGAGAUGCGCAGAUAAUAGAUCCG